CGUUGAGAUCUAGUGAAUUGACUACGACUGUGAAAAAUUCACAUCACCUACAGUAUCGUUUUGAUGUUUGCAGUUACAGUUCAUCUCCUUCAAAAGUGCUUCGGUGAUACAUCUCAAGACAUCUGAAUGUAUUCAUCUGACUACUCGGGAGCCAUUUCCACUUGAACCAACCAGAAGUGAGACCACCCAUUCUGCAACGCUUUUCACACCUCCUGCCUCUCAAGCCUCUUUUUGUCUCUGCAGCCCCUUUGAAGCAACAGCCUUGACUUCUGGUAGAGAGUUCAGCAGUGAAUCGAUGUUCACUUACAGAAAUAACCCAGCAGGUACGGCUGAGGGUGGGAUCCCCACUGUGUACGUGGUGGACAGCCAAGCCACGCGGCCUGUUUUGCCACCUAGGCCGAACCAGGGGCGAAGGAAUGGCAGAGCGGCUCAGACCCUGCUGUUCCUGCUGGUGAGCCUGGCACUGUGUGGCAUGAUCAUCCAAGCCUGCUUCAUCUACCGUCUCUACCAGAGUGAAUCUGCCAACUCAGCAUCAUUCGCCAAGCUCAUUGAAGCUCAAGGUCCUACUUCUCCCACGGCGCGUCCCUAUUACGAUGUUCUUCCCUCCAAACCACUUGCACAUCUGACAGGUGGACACAAUGUCAUUCACGGAAAAGAAGUCAUGGCGUGGAGCAUGAAAGCUGACCCUACCCUCUAUCAGAUGGUCUACAGAAACGGAAGUCUGAUCAUUCAGAAACAGGGUUUUUACUACGUCUACUCCAAGGUUUUCUUUACAGACAGUGGUAAAUUUCACCAUUAUGUUAAUUUGCAUACUGAAAAGUACGCUGGGGGAUAUAUUACCCUCCUGCAGGCCAGGAAAUACUCUCCAAUGUCAGAGGUUGCUCGAUCAAACAGCUACCUGGGUGGAGUGUUUCACCUUUACGAGAAUGAUGCCAUUUAUGUGAACGUCAGUAGCACUGCAAAAAUUAUAGAAUUCAAACCGAACGAGAACGUCUUUGGCGCAUUCAUGCUAUAAAUAUCAUAUUGAUAUUUAAAUUCUUUGAAGAAGCGUAAACAGAAGCGGAUACAUACUUUUGUCAUGAGAAAGCAGACUGACGAAGUGUGACAUCCUCUUUGUGCCUUGGAAUAUUAGGAAGGGCAGAACUGCUCUGACGGCUUUCUUUCUUAUACGGGUAAAACUUUUUUAAGAAUUUUUUUUAUAUCAAAGACAUUUAUAUUCUUAUUUGUAUAAUUACAGUAAAUUAAAUCUCUAAAUAUGGAUAAUUGAUGUGUAACACUUGGAUUUAAUAAAAUCUAUAGAUAUAUAUGUGCCUUGUUCAUACUAAAAAUGAAACUGAAAAAGUAGACUGUAACCUUACAUAUUUCUUUUCUUGCUUUAACACAUACUGCACACUAUUUAUUUAUUCUAUAUUGAAUGUGCUUUAAUUCUGAUGUUUUUUUGUAUCAUAAUUUAUGUGAUGCAGUGAAAUAAACACACCAUGGUCUUAAA